AUAUCAUCUACAUUGUAUCUUUCUUUAUAACUUCUCUCGGGCUCUAUUUGUAAGGAAAAACAAGAAGAAGAAGAAGAAGAAGAAGAAAAAAGCAGAAACAAACAUGGCUUCCAAGGUCUCCACCACUUCCACGGUUGUCUUCCUCCUCCUUAUCUUCUUUGUUCUAACACAUGCCGCUCGCCCGGACUCAGGUUUCUCCAGUGUUACAAAACCCAUCGAGGUUUCAAACAAGGAUAACGAUGCAGAGGAAAACUGCGAUGGAAUUGGAGAAGAUGAAUGCUUGCUGAGAAGAACACUCGAAGCUCACACAGACUACAUUUAUACUCAAAAUAACAAGCACUGAAAACUUUAUGUUAAUUACUAAUUUUUGUUUAAUCAAUAUUAUUUAUUCCUAAUUAAAUAUCGUGUGUAAUUA